AUGGCCGCCGAGGCGCGGGACGAGAACUGGUACGUGGAGACGAAGAAGAAGAUCCGGGAGGCCUUCCAGCUCUUCGACAAGGACCGCAAGGGCUGCGUCAUCCAGGAGGAGGUGUCGACGAUCAUGCGCUACCUCGGCGCCUACCCGACGGAGCGCGCCAUGGUCAAGGAGAUCCUCCCGGACAUGAUGGAGGACGAGCCGUCGGCGUUCGUCAAGUACGAGAGAUUCGAGCCGAAGAUGCUCGAGAUUUUGGCCGAGGGCGACUGGGAGCCCGACUCCGAGGAGGUGCUGCUCCAGGCCUUCCGGGUCUUCGACGAGGACGGCAAGGGCUACAUCGAGGCGAACCGCCUCCGCGAGGCCCUCAUCACGAAGGGCACGCCCUUCCGCGAGAAGGAGAUCGACGCCUUCCUCUCCGUGGCCAAGGACCUCGAGACGGGCCACAUCUACUACGAGGACUACGUCGCGCUCCUCACCGCGGACACCGCGGAGUAG